UCAUGUGACCAAACCGAAACAAUUAUGGCGGCCACCGUACAGGUAACAGCCCGUGUCUGUUUUGUGACUUUUCGUCGUCAACUUCCUUUAUCUUGCAUUGGGUUAUGGUGGAUUUUGCACAAGGAUAUACGUUAUUGAAGACGGGGCAUGAGGAGAUGGAACAUUUUGUGAUCGCAAGACGGGAAUUUAUUUAGGAAGAACAGUUUGUUAGCUAAUCGGCUAACCGAAGAGCUAGCUAGUUACUGAAGCCUGCUCAAGUUUGAAAGUAAACAUCCGCUGAUUACAGUGUGUGGAUAUGUUCGCCCUUUAGCCAAAACAAACGCGGUUGCACAGCUGGUUAUUUCAAAUUGCAACUGGAAUGUGCCCGACCAACGUGUUUGGCAGGUAGUUAUGUUAGCUAGUAGAGCUAGCUUUGUUAUGCUAGCUAGCUAAACUGGCUAAUUGAACCGAAGGAGAAGUGAACGCAACCGAGGACGAGGUAGCUAACGUUAUCUUGCUGGCUAUGUAACCUUUGCUGGCCAGACAAAGUGAAUUGAUCAAGACAGUGGACCAACUCGAGUAAGAGCUGUAUCAUGGGUCUGGUGAACCUUGUCUUUUGCACUAUUGGGAAAUGUUUCGAUUUCAUAUUCUUCCUCCUGGACCUAAAUUUCUUAAUAGUCCAUUCAGUGAUACGGCUCCUGGCGGCAUGUAUCAACUUUGUGAAUAAGCUACCCAUGCUACUGACCAACUCAAUGGUGAAGUGCUGGAACUUCACUGUGUUCUGCAUGGUUGCCAUGAUGGACAGCGUAUCACUUCUGGCCCAGGGGACAGUUAACAUGUUAGGGCGCUGGCUGCAGCUCUUGGGAGGUAUUUUGGAGAGUUUCAAAAUGGUGGGCUACUUGUCCUCGCAUGUUCUCUUGCAUGUCAGGGAUCUCUUCCACCGUGGGCUGCUGUGUGGCCUCUGCUUGCUGCAGCAGGUGUGGGAGGGCUUUGGCAUUGCAGUCAGCCUGGUGCUCUACCUGGUCAACACGGUGGUCAACCUGCUGCUCAUCGGGACACAGAACGUCUACUCUGUUGUCGUCAGCAUGUGGGAGGCGGUCUCCUACCCACUGCAGAAGGCUAUGGAGCUCACCCUCACCCUCUUCACCUUCCUCUACAGCAGCCUGGUCGGCACCUCAAUCGUACUCUGGACUCCCGUCAGGCUAGCCCUGGAGUUCCUAGGCUUGCUCGGACACAUUUUCGUCAGCGUCUUCCUCCUGAACAUUUAUGGCCUCAUUCUCACGGCUGCCAUUGUUGUCACCGCCACAAUCUACAUGAACCCUGAGCUAACCCGUCUUGAAGCCCGCCACGCCGUCGAUUACUUCAACUCUUUCCCCACCCUGCAGGUCCUACAGAGGGUGCUCCAUCGCCUCUGCAUGCUGGGGAGGGGCGUGUGGCAGAGGCUUCAGCGGCAGGCCAGCCUCCUAUACCAAACGAUAACACCAGUCUACAGGAACUUCAGAGUGAGGGGUGAGGGCCACACCAGGCAACCUGAACCCAGUGACAGAGAGCAGAGGGCUCUUCCGGACGGUAGGGCAGGAGACACUGCAACACGCGCUGAACACGCUGCUCGGCCUCGCCAGCUAAUGGAUGACCUGUGGGACCUAGCAUUCCCCAGCUCUAGUGGCACAUGCAGACCUAUACAGAAACAUAAGCUCUCCUCAGAGGAGGGGGGCACCAGCUCCAAGGGUCCCCCAAAGGACAGCCUACUGACUCUGCUCCAGGAGCAGGAAGAGAGGAAGAAGUGCAUAAUCUGCCAGGACAGUACUAAGACAGUGGUGCUGCUGCCUUGCCGCCACCUGUGUUUGUGUCGGGACUGUACCAACAUAUUGCUGCGCCAGCCCAUCUACCAGCAGAACUGUCCGCUCUGCCGCCAUAUGAUCCUUAAUACCAUGGAUGUGUAUCUGUGAGGGACCGAACGAGGGAGGGGCGUGUGGCCCAGAGCGCUGCAUUGUUAACGUGUUGAAUCUCAGGUUUCGAACGUGCAGAGACUUUAGGCUACAUCUACACUAGCAGUACAUUGCAGCUCACACUGCUAUCCAAGUCCAGUCCACUGUGCUUAAAUUGCUUGUCGCCCAUGGCUGAUGUCUUAAAUGAUGCCUGUGUUUUGUUCAGACAACCAUGGCAGUGCUUGCCUACAUUUUAUUUUUAUACUUGCUUGUUCAUAUUACUGAACACUUCAUGGUCAUUCCAAACUGUAUGUGGUUUGUGAACUUAAAGGAAUGUUUGCUGUGUAGCAGUUAAUUUCCUUUAUUCAGCAUAGGUUCAGUUUGAACGCAUUCAAUGGAAGUUUAAAGUGCAGGCGUCAGUACAGUACGAAAUGUUAUCGUAAGAACACAUUUUGUAGCCUAUGCUUAGAUUUAAAUGGUGACAACCUCUCAAAUGUAAUUUGUCAAUAGCCAAUAUUGUUCCAAGCAGUUCAUAUUCAGGGACCUGUAAAAAGUGAGAUUAUUUUGUAUUGUGGGAUCGGGGGUUAAUUUCAUAAGCUAUGGUUGUCUAAAAAAAUAUCCGUGUCAAGAGAAAUUAUUUACCAGAUCUAUGUCUUGUCAUAUUACAAACGUUUGUUUUGUUUUAAUGAUUAUGCCAUCAUUUGGAUCACUAGUGUAGCCAGUUCUUUCCACUAUGCUGACAUAUGAACGCUACCUAAUUUAUGCUCCACACAAGGUAUAUUCUCCUUUAUAGUUAUUGUAAUGUUUUUGUCUUGUGAUCAAACAUUGACAUGCUGUUCAAAAUGACCACCAUUAGUCAGUAAUAGCUUCAUAAUUCCUUGUUUCUAUUUUUUUUCUCUUUGCUCAAAAUAAGUAUUGAUCGAAGUUCUGUGAAAUGCCAUUUUACACGAACUGCAAAUGGUUAUUGAAUUAGUUUGCAAGUGUUGGAGAAAGGCCCAUUUUAAGUGACAAUAAAAGGCAUAUUUGAUAUGCCUUUUUUUUGGACCAAGGUUUAUCAUAAAUACAUCUUACGGGCAGAGCCUAUCCAAGAUAUUUUUGGGUCAAACAUGACGGAGUGACUUCAAUAUUGUGACAGACAAACUCGAACGUGAGCCACAGUGUCACUGAUGUCCUUCUGUGGUUGUUUUAGUCUCAUUGACAUUGUGUAGCCUACAAUCAUUACCUAAUGUCUUUGUUCCAAUUAGAAUUCUUAACAUUUGUUAUUUCAUAAGGUUCUGUAAUCACUCAUUCAAUAAUUUUGCCCUUUAUCCCUUUUAUCUAGUACCAAACCAAUAAUUUUCAAGCAGCCUACCGUUUUCUUAACAGCCCCAUUUUCUUUAUUUUUAUAGUAAUUAUGAAACCAACAAUUGUCUAUGAUGUGACAUUUUGAUAAGAAUCUGGAGAGAAAAAAAGUUGGGCCCAUGAAUUGUCUAUGACGUGACAUUGUAUUGUUACUAAUCUAUGAAAAAAGAUGGGCAUAUAUUUUAGUCCAGAGUAAAUCCUAGGUUAUAUUCUGGUUUUGACCUCUUUUUCUGUCAGGUUUCCCCAAAGGCCUUUAUUCAUUGCGUGACAUUCCUAUCUACAGAUACAGUGGACUCUUAUCGCAGACCACGCAUGUUGCCAUUCACACAGCUUAUCUUAUCUAGGACGACUGACCUGUGUAUCCGGGGGACAUGGCACAAGUGAUGGGACAUUGCAAUAAGCCAUGAAUGGGGUAGCAGGUAGCCUAGCAGUUAAGAGUGUUGGGGCAGUAACUGAAAGGUCGCUGGUUCGAAUCCCGAGCUGACUAUGUGAAAAAUCUGUCUGUGCCUUUUAGCAAGGCACUUAACCCUUAUUGUUCCUGUAAGUCUCUGAAUAAGAGUCCGCUAAAUGACUUAAUUGUAAGCAUGUAUUUUGUUUUAUAAAGGUUUAUGAAUGUGGCCAGACUCACUAAUGCGAAUGACAAAUGUCUGUGAGACAAUAAACAAACAUCUUUUAGUACUGUU